UUGCAAAACCAACAAAGGUGUAUAUAAGGCCAAUACAAAGAGGAGAGCAGGUAUUGCAUUUUGCGUUAACACACUACUUGGCUCUACAAACCACCGCUGAUAGCAGAGAUGUCUCUCACACUCACAUAUUUUCCAGUCCGAGGUCGUGCUGAGGUCAUCCGAGUGAUGCUCAAAGACCAAGGGGCAGAGUUUGAUGAGAAGGUCAUCACCAUGGAGAUGUGGAAGGAGAGCACUCUCAAAGCCAGCUGUUUGUUUGGUCAGCUCCCUAUAUUUGAAGACGGUGACCUCACUUUGUACCAGACCAAUGCCAUAAGGAGACACCUCGCACGGAAACUUGGACUCUAUGGCAAAGACCAGAGGGAGGCUGCUCUCAUUGACAUGAUGGAUGAAGCCAUUCAGGAUCUCCUAAACAAAUACAUAAAACUGAUGUUCGAGAAGGAUGACUCCGGUAAAGAGGGGUACCUUAAGGCACUGCCAACAGAUCUCAAGCCCUUCGAGAAAACCCUGUCCGGCGAUAAGGGAAGCUUUCUGGUUGGCGACAAGAUCUCCUUAGCUGACUACGCCCUGGUGAUCCUGCUGAUCCACCACCAAGUCCUCAGCCCCUCUUGCCUGCAUGCCUUCCCCUCCCUCCAGAGCUACGUGAAGAGGCUGUGUGCCCGACCCAACCUGCAUGCUUACUUUCAUAGCGACGACUUCAAGAACAGACCCAUCAUUCCUGGGAAGAGAACCUGAAGUCUAUGUGGCCUUAGUCCUCUUAUCGUACCUCAAUAUUAUAUAUCUAAUAUGCCACAAUAUGUUUACAUUCAACCAGAAUGGAUCACCUUGAAUUGUAAUUUGGCUGUAUAUUGAGUACUGUGUGUCUUGGUGGAGUAGGUUUCUGUCUGUUUGUGCCUGGUACCAGUUCUACCCACUUGGAGCGAGGAGUGUUAAAAAUUGUUAUUGUUUAAUAAAGUACAUUUGCAUAUACA